UUGAAUUACGCUUUAUUUAAUACAAAGUUUCAUCAUAAUUACAAUUUACAUACUUGAUUAGUAUGUGGGUUGGGAACUUCGCGGUGAUCGGAGACGGAUAAACGCCCAGAGCUUUACCCGUCACAAACCAAUGACAACAUACGAGCGUGCAACAGAAACGAACCUAACAUCAAUAUUAUCUAGGAAUAUCUUACCUCGUCAACCCGCUCAUAUUAACAAAAUACAUACAAGUGUGACAAGAUUUGAUAGCCAAAAUUCUGAAAAGACCAUCAACCAAGUCACUUUAUUGGGUAGAGUUGGUGCUGAUCCUCAAAAACGGGGUUCUGCGGAACAUCCAGUUAUAAAUUUCCCGUUAGCUACACAUUUUAGCUACAAAUAUGAAUCAGGAGAUAUUCUGCAGAAGACAGACUGGCACAGAGUUAGCGUGUUCCGGCCAGGCCUCAGAGACACCGUUUACAAAUAUCUCAAAAAGGGUCAAAGAGUGUAUGUAACUGGCAAAUUAUCCUACGGUGAGGUUAAACUUGAUGAUGGUCAAGUAAGAACAGCUUCUACGGUGAUCGCCGAUGAUAUUAUCUUCUUCCAAAGCCAGCCACAGGAGUCUUAAGCAUAUUUCAAUGUUAAUUUAAAUAUAAGGACAAGUUUAUCAGUAAUUAGUAAUAAAUUGAUAGAAUUAA